GGGAUCGAGGGGGGCGCUGGGAGGAAAACACUAGGUUCAGGGGUCUCCUGGGAGCCCCCGGUGUGCUGGGGGGCAGCAGCAUUUGGGGCAGGGUUCUGGGGCAGGCAGCAGAAUUGUCCCGUUCCUCUGUGCCUGGGGCACUUUGCUCGGGACUGAUGGCUGCAGUGGCCUCCCUGGAGCUGCAGCUGGGCUGGUCAAUGCCCUGAGCUCUGGGUCGCACAGUCCUUCCGGGUGACGGGUCAUUCUGAGACCUUGGCUGCACCAGCCCAUGGCACCUGUUGCAUGCCCCUAGCUCAUCACAGGGCGCAGGCUGCUCCAAAAUGCACUCACGCUCCCUGGCUGGUUAGGACAAGUAGCACCACAUGGGAUCUGGGUGAGCGAGGACACACAAGACAUAGCAUGGGGAGUGUGCAGGGCCGCCCAGAGGGGGGGGGGGCAAGUGGGGCAAUUUGCACCGGGCCCUGCAGGAGCCCCCACGAGAAUAUAGUAUUCUAUAGUACUGCAACUUUUUUUAUGGAAGGGGCCCCCGAAAUUGCUUUGCCCCAGGCCCCCUGAAUUCCCUGGGCUGCUCUGGGAGUGUGAGAGGGAGCCAUGCAUCCCAGUCCCCAGCACCAGAAGUAGCAGUACCAGUGCUGUCUUAGUUAAUUGCUUUGGUGUGGAGUUUCUUGUACCUUUACUGACCCUCCAGCCCUCUGAAAGCUGCACAACAAAGCUGCGCCUGUGGGGAACUGGAUGAUCCUACCUAGUGUCAUCUCUUUAAUAAGAAUGACAUCCACACCCAGUGGUCCCCAGCAGCCCAGGUCGGUGGCACCUCUGUCGGUCUGAGCUAUGCACGCCUGUCAUGUAUAUUGUUUUCUUUUCUAAGGCGCCCAAAAAGAAAGGUGGCAAAAAAGCCAAGGGAGGCAAAGCUGCAGCAGUGGUGGAUGCUGUCCCCCCGGAGGACAUGAGCAAGGAUCAGGUGAGAGCUCACAGCUUCUCUCCUAGGGCUCUCUGCCCAAGGGCUUCGCACGGCCACCGAGCUCCUGGCGAGAGGAGGCUCCCAUUUGUAAGGAUUAUUGGUGGCAUGAAGUGCACAAGGUUUGGUUCAACCCAUGAGAUGGAGAUGGCAGAUGGUGAAGGUUAGUAGAAAAGACAGGGUGGGUUUUCACACCAACAACGGCACCAUCCCUCACAUGCCUGAACUAUUUGCAUGGGUAUCACAAGAGCGGACUCGUUGUGGGCUUUGGGGUGUAGCUGGGUUCCCCAAGGGUUUAACCAUCUCAUCUCUCCCUCUCCAGAGCUUCCAUAACUUCCCUGUGUCCCUCAUCUAGCCUGCACUCUGUUGCCCGUGACCAGGAUUCUGUGCCCUCCUCUGUCUAGUAGUUAUAAAAGGUUUUCUGUGACACAGUCUAGCAUUUCCCUGUUAGUCUGAGCGCUAUGUCUUGUUCUGUCCUUAUUUCCUAUUGGAGAAAGCCCCCUCCACUCACUCUGAUACAGGUGUAUAACCCUUUUAGAACUUGAAUUACUGAUGAAAUCAAUGUCUGUUGCUAGGGCAUUCAUACACCCCAUGCCAUAAAUACACUUUCCUCUUGUCUCCGGGCCCAAGCAAACCAAUUCCUCAAGUGGUAUUCGUUCAGAUUCAGUUCUAUGAUUGUUCAGUCUGUGGUUUGAUGAUCUGCAAUCAUGCUAGCUGCUGCGCUCUCAGCGCAUCUUGAAUGAGAGACUGGACUAGGUGCUGUGCGAAGGGGAGUUAGUGAUUCAGGAGGUAGCCCUCUUCCCUGGUAUUAUUAUUUAGUAUGGUAAUGGCCAAAGGCCCUGCUUUGCUGGCUGCUUACAAUCACAUAUGAAGACAUGAUCCCUGACCCAAUGUCCCUGCAGUCUGAAAGAGGAGCCUGCAAUUCUGAGUCCGAAUUGGUUAUCAAUGAAUGCAGCACUGCUCUUCCAGAUGACAAAUAGAUCUGCGGGUCUGUUCCCUUCCGAUCAAUCAAGAUGCCUUAGCUCCCUUUUCUAGAGGUCAGGGUGUUAGUCCCAGUAUCCAUAUCUUAAUGGCUAAUUACAGUCUACCUCCCUAAACGCCCCGUGGUUUCUGUUGGAUAUGGCAUCAUCACUUCUCGUCCUAAACUUCUGUAUCCUGUUAAACAGCUGCCAUGCUCCACCCAGGGGAGGCUGUAGGGAUUGCUGGGGGUAGUUUGGAAAGAGCUUUGGGCCCCCAGAGGGUGACGGGUGCUAGAGAGACGUAAGUCAGCAAUUUUGUGGGAGGAGAACUCCCCCGCCAGUGCCUUCACCAGCUGCGCUUGUUGGCGCUGCAGCUGGAGGAGCACAUUGUGCGUCUUCGGGAGGAGCUGGACCGCGAACGGGAGGAGCGCAACUACUUCCAGCUGGAGCGUGACAAGAUCCACACCUUCUGGGAGAUCACCCGUCGGCAGCUGGAUGAGAAGAAGGCGGAGCUGCGCAACAAGGACCGUGAGAUGGAGGAGGCCGAGGAGCGGCAUCAAGUGGAGAUUAAAGUGAGAGGCUAAGGGAAGACGGUUUACAAGCAGAAGGUGAAGCACCUGUUGUACGAGCACCAGAACAACAUCACAGAACUGAAGGCAGAGGGCACUGUGUCCAUGAAGCUGGCCCAGAAGGAGCACCGCACCCAGGAGACGGAGCUGCGCAAGGAUAUGCGCACCUUGAAAGUGGAGCUAAAGGAGCAGGAGCUGGCCAACGAGGUGGUGGUGAAAAACCUGCGCAUGAAACAAGAGGAGGAGAUCACGCGGCUGCGCAGCGACUUUGAGAGACAAGUGAAAGAGAUUGAGGCCAAGUAUGACAAGAAGAUGCGCGUGCUGCGGGACGAGCUGGAUCUGCGGAGGAAAACGGAGAUUCAUGAGAUCGAGGAGAGGAAAAAUGGACAGAUCAACACGCUGAUGAAGAACCACGAGAAGGCCUUCAGUGACAUCAAGAACUACUACAACGACGUCACCCUCAACAACCUGGCACUCAUCAACACUCUCAAGGAGCAGAUGGAGGAGAUGAAGAAGAAGGAGGAUCACCUGGAGAAGGAGAUGGCGGAAGUGCUGCUUCAGAACAAGAGGCAAACAGAGCCCCUGCAGCGGGCCCGGGAGGAGGUGGCCGAGCUGCAGAAGAAGCUAGCCCACUACGAGAAGGACAAGGAGGCACUGGCUAACACAAAGGCCCGUUUGAAAGUCACCCAGAAGGAAUUAAAAGACCUUCAGUGGGAACAUGAAGUGCUGGAGCAGAGGUUCAGCAAGGUGCAGGCAGAACGAGACGAGCUCUAUCAGAAGUUCACCAAAGCUAUUAAUGAGGUGCAGCAGAAGACUGGCUUCAAGAACCUGCUCCUGGAGCGCAAGUUGAAGGCCCUCUCCAACAUACUGGAGAAGAAGGAGGUGCAGCUUAACGAAGUCCUCUCAGCCUCCAAUCUCGACCCCAGCGCCCUCACCAUGGUCACACGCAAACUGGAGGACGUGCUGGAUUCCAAGAACAACACCAUCAAGGAUCUCCAGUACGAGCUGGCCCGAGUCUGCAAGGCACACAACGACUUGCUGCGCACCUAUGAGGCCAAGCUCACAGCCUUCGGCAUCCCCCUGGACAACGUGGGCUUCAAACCACUGGAGACCACAGUGAUGGGACAGACGCUGGGGCAGGGCCCAGCCGGACUCGUUGCUACCCCAACCUAGCACUGCUGGGCACGUGCUUGUCCAUCACCUCUUGGGUCACACUAAAUAUUGUCAGCAGCCUCCCCACGGGCUCCUGUCCCAGCACCGCAGGGAGGGGGCUGUGCUGUGGCUCUGCCUCAUUAAACAGACCCCAGAAAGGUUUUUAAGCAGG